GUGGAAUCUACGUUUGCCCAGCUUCCUGAUGCGCUUGAUGACGGAGUACCCGUUUGACGCCAAGGCGGAACGGAAAUUCCUGAUGCGUCACGUGUUCAAUCGGACGCUACAGAGCCAGCAGUUGUCCCGCCGCCUUCAAAGGCAGGCCGAGCUGAAGGAGGCGCGUGAGCAAUGCCCGGACCCUUGGGAGCAAACUUGGGUACCGGAACCAGAGAUCCCGGUGACUGGCAUGCAGGAGGUCGAAGUGCCCGCGGAGCUUCGGGAGUGGCACUAUGGUGUCCAGCGUGACAUCGAUGCAAAGCAAUCAAGCUAUGCGGAAGGCCAUUCCCGCCCAGCAUCAGCUGUGGCCGCGUCAUCUUCAUCCUUGAACCCACCUAUGGUAACUGCAUCUUUCGACGAGGUGAUCGAUGCCAUUCCGUACCGGACCGAGGCCAGCCGCACCUUCUCUGCAGCGAAGGCCGCACGCAGGUCCGAAGCCACUACGGAGGCACCCAGAUCUACAGCCCCGCCCAGCGGUGGCCGAAAUUUGCGGAUUGACCCAAAGGACCUGAUCGGGUACAAGGUUGGAGACGACGACGACCUCAACUACAUGCUUGGUGUCGACGACGCCCGCUUCUGCAGAAUCACCGACGACAACCCCGAGCACGAGGACAUGAGAGUUGUCAAGAAGCCCGACAUCCCCAUGGACUACUUGCUGAAGCCCCCUCGCUGGGUGGACAAAGUGUCCAAAUGGACGAUUGGAGCAGUAAGGGGUUCGGUCGUGGAGUCGAGGAGCAGGGUCGGCAAGUGGAUCAGGGUAGAGGAACUACUGUUCCUGUUGAAACGGCGGCGCAACGUCGUGAUCGGUCACCGGAUGUUGCAAUCAGUGGUCGCUCAUGACAAUAAGUGCCGGUUCCUCCUCGCCGGGCAUGCCAAGGACGAGGUCGAUGAUUCCAGCAUCGCCACCAGGUGGCUCGACCCGCGGAGGCGUGCCAUUGACCGAGUCCCAGCUGCCUACAAAGGCAAGCCGUUCUUGUGCCGUGGCGACGAGGACUUUCCGAAUCGGCUCUACCAUCGGACCACUCACGAUGCAGCCUUUCAGAUCCUCGAGGACGGCCUCAUACCUGGAUUCCGGGGCUCGGGGAAGUACCAUUGUUACUUCGCAAAAGCCACGUUAUCCGAACUGGGGAACAAGGCAGGAGUGCGUGCCAAUCUGCAUGUCGAGCUUGUGUUUGACACGGUCGAGGUGCUGAAGCACGCCUAUCUCUUCGAGACCGUGUCGGAGGGGAUCCUAUGUCGCGAAAGAGUCCCGGGCGAAUGCGUUCUAUACGUAAGGGACUCAGACAGCAACAUGACCCUAUGGACCCGACCAUCGCCGGGGGAUGAAGACAUCGAGGUCAUUGUCGAGAUCGCCGGGGUGACGACGAUCGAAGACGAUGAUGGGCCUGCGGACUUGUUCUCGUUUCCCGAACCGGCAGAACCCGAAGAGGAAGCUGCAAUCCUCUCAGAGGUCAUCCAAGAGCCCGAGGCCGAGGCUGCAACGAUGGAUGCGGAUGUUCCAGCCCCACCUAGUGGAGGCCAUGGAGACGACGAAGCAACACCAGUCCCCGACACCUCGGAUGCACCGAUGCCCGCAAUCCUCGAUGCAACAGCUGCCGAUUGGUAA